UUAUCCGCGUCCCGCCAAUAUAACUGUUCUUGAUACUUUUUUCUUACGAAAAAUUAGGGAAGUAGACAUUAUUUUUCUUAUUUUCAGAUUUGGAACAAGAGUUUUGUACGUUACAACAAGUGUGCUUCGAUAUUUGUGCAUGUUUCAUAACACGUGUUCAUGUACGAGUCGAUAGAAAGAAGUCGGAGCGGAAUCGCAAUUAAAGUUUAAAGGACUGUGCAAUGACGACUCAGGAAAGUCAGAUAGAAUGCGAUGUAAAUAUUCAUUUUGUCGUUCCGAAUCAUUGUAAAUCCGAAAAUGACUGCGACGAAAAGAUGUGGCAGGCGUUCAACAAAUGCAACGAAUAUGGUUUGCAACCAAUGUGGAUUAUUGAAGAAGCAUGUAACAAGAUACAGCCAUCAAAGAACGAUGUAUUUGUCAUGGAAGAAUUCAAGGGUGAUGUAUUUGCAAAGCUGAGAAAUUUUAAGUGCUCUGUGUAUUUCAGCAGAAUAGUGUCACCAAAAUGUCUGCUUAAUUGUUUUAACAAUGGAGAACCCAUUCCAGAAGGAAAAAAUCCAAUAUAUACAACAGCUAUGAGAGGAAUGUGUAUUUGUGCAUCAGGUUUUAGUUCAGAGAACAAGGAUCACAUACAACAGUUAGUAGAAUAUAUGGGAGGUUUCUUUACAAAACAAUUGAGAAGUUCUGUCACACACUUAAUAGCUGACUCUGUGAUGUCAGCAAAAUAUGAGUGCGCUAUAGGUAUGAAAAUACCAAUUAUGACAAAAGAAUGGAUAGAUGCUGUCUGGGAAGCAAAUUUAAAAGAAGAUAGAGAAGUAAUUAAGGCAGAUGAUCAGAUAUUUGAUAAAUACCAAUGUCCUGUUUUUAAGAACUUAACGGUUACUACGACCAAUCUUUCUAAACAUCAAAAAGAAGAACUCAAACGUCUGAUACAUGAUCACGGAGGAACAUUUAUGGGUCCUUUAGAUGGAAAAAAAGUGCGAGUAGUUCUAGCUAAUGAAAAUGGCCCGUUAAGUGACAAGCUAAAAUACGCUAUGAGCAACGACAUUGCUUGUUUAAAACCUGAUUGGGUGUACGAGAGCAUUAAAGUGGGAUAUGCUUUACCGUUUCAAAAUUUUAUUAUUAAAUCCAAUAAAUCAUGUUCGACACCAGAAAAGUCAAACACUCGUGCAACACUGAAUUGUUCAAAUAUUAGCACCAUACCGUUUGAAAAGCCUCAAAACACUUACGUAAACGAGACUCUCAGUUCGACAAUAUCGAAUUUUUCUGUUGUAGAUGCAGGUACCGUUAAUUUCUCUGCAGCUGCUGUAAAUGUUCUGGAUCGACUCACCUUUAGCGAAGCUAAAUCAGCCGGACCGUUUCUUGACGGAUGUAAUAUUUAUCUCACUGGAUUCGCGACAACUCUCAGGGACAAAUUAAAUAGAAUACUGAAUGUCGGGUGUGCGAUGCGUCUCGACGAUAUAUCGGAUGCCGUAACGCAUGUGAUCGUUGGUGACAAGAACAAAGCUUCCGCGGAACUGAAGGCGAUAAAAGCGAGAGGUUUACGAUGUUGUAUCGUGAGUAUAGAAUGGCUGGAAGAGAGUAUGAAACUGAAGCGGCCUGCGCCAGAAGAACGCUUUUUGUUCGAAGCAAGAGAUGAAGCUCCUAAAACAAUUGUCGGAACACCUGCUUCUCCGCUUAGUAAAAAGAACUUACAAAUGUUGCAACAACCAACGAGACCUUCUGUGCCGACUUUCAAUUUAGCGAAGAAACUUUCGUCUGCGAACGAACAACCACAAUCUGAUCUUGUGCAGCAGUAUCUCCGAGAAAGUAGUGAAUUUCAUACUACGACGGAAGAAUUCGUGAAACCUCGAACGCUUGUUCCGGAAGAUAAAACUGUGACAACCAGCCAGAUACGUCUGUCAGAUAUCGCACAAACUAAGAACAUCACCGAAAACGAUAGUAUCGAACCGCUCAGUCAGAGCUUGGUGAACGAGAAAUUAUUCAAAGGUUUAACAUUUGUUGUGACUGGUUUCGAGGACAUUAAUGUGAAGGAAACAAUUGUCAUGCUGGGCGGUCGGGUGGUUUCGAAUUCGUAUAGUGGUAUCCCGGACUAUGGCGUCGUACCUAUGCACGGAGCGUCACUAAAACACACGGUCAAUGAAAUUGUGACCGAUUUAUUCAUCGAGGAUUGUAUCAAUCAGGAGCGUCUCGUCGACGUUACGUAUUAUCACAGACCGUUAUCUAUCAAAAAAUCGUGUAGUCCACUGUCGGAAUGUGUCAUAACGAUGAGCAUGUAUACCGGCUCGGAACGAACGUAUCUUUCGACAUUGGCCACCAAACUUGGCGCUAUAUGUCAGGAUAUGUUUGCGCGCAAAGCCAAUGCAGAGAAGAACACAUACGGCAGCACGCAUCUGAUUUGUCCAACUCCAGAAGGAAACAAAUACAACGCGGCGGUGAGGUGGAAAUUGCCCGCUGUCACUGCCGCUUGGUUGAUAACUUGCGCCGAGCAAUUAACGCACGUGAAUGAAACUCCAUUUCUCGUCGGAGAAACAAUAGCACCAGAUAGAUCACAUCUUACGAAUGUCAGCGAAAAUAUACCAAAUUUGACGGAACAGAUCACACCUAGAACUAUUCUUACACCAAAGCGUUUCUUAUCAGUCAAGCCUCAAGGAACAUCUGCGGAAACUCCAUUAAUAAACAAGAGACUCAGUCUCGUAAUGAAUCAAACACCGAAAUCACCAUUUCAUUUGUCUACUCCGGAGACUCCUUAUGGACAGGUUUUCAAGCCUGAUCCUUCACCCGAUACACGAAAAGGAUGGGUCAAAUGGGUGGACAAUUUUCCAGAUCUGCAAGUGACAGAACCACCUGCAAAACGGCGCGCUCCUAGCACCCCGCUUUCAGAGUUGAAGAGACAACUGUGGGAUAAACUGAAGAAUCCAGGUCAAGUAUUUGAAAAAGAAGAUAAAGCAGAUGAAGCGACACUGAGGUCAGACGAUUCUUUUGUGAAAAAAGCUGAAGAAAAAAUAAGCGAUCAGCCGAACAAAAAUGUGUCAUCAUCUUCCAUGUCUAUUAACCGAAAACUUGAUUUUAAUGAAGAAGAUACUCUAACGCCUAAUAAGUCAAGUAACGAGAUAAACAUGCAAAUAGCAGAAUUAAACAAAGUACUUCAACGAACAUCGAGUACUCCCGAGAACAGAUAUUCGUUAUCUGCUGAAAAGAAAUAUGAUGUCGAAGCUUCUGAUCAUAUACAAAAUUGUAUUGUAAAGGACUCGCAACCUAUUGAUGCUAUUGUAUGGGAAGAUCCGAAUCAUCCAAAACGACCAUCGUCAAAUCUUCAAAGAUAUGGUAAUAACCAGUGCGGCAUAGUUGAUCGUGAAAGUGAAGAAAAUAACACGAACGAGGAACAUAUUAAGGAAGAUGCGACGAAAUACAGAUGCGAAUCACCAAUCACACCAAAGUUUAUGCUCUCGGGUAUACAGAAUAGGAGUGCGUACGAACGAAUAAUAAAAGAACUUGGCGGAAACGUGUCGACAGACGCGAACUUCGACAAUAGUGCCACGCAUCUCCUGUGCGUCAGACUCUCUAGGAACGAGAAAAUGCUUGGCAGUAUAGCCGCUGGAAAGUGGAUUCUUUACCACUCGUAUUUACGUGACUCCGAACAAGAAGGCAGAUUCCUCGAUGAAGAGGAAUACGAAUGGGGUAAUCCAAAGAGUCAGAAAAAGAUUCCACAACCGAACAGUGACAUGGAGCAAGCGAUAGCGACUGCAGCUCACAGAUGGAGAUUGAAAUUGCAGAAGGAACCGGACGGUCCGUUUUCCGAUAUGGUGGCACUGCUGAUGGUAUCCGAUGAGAAGUACGAUCAGUUCAAGAGACUGAUCGAAGCCGGCGGUGGUUUAGUCACGCAAGCAAGACCGCCCUAUGAUGCUAGCCCGUCUGGACACAAAAUUACGCACUGUUUCGUUAAUGUGAAACAGGUAAACCAGCCUAUAGACUGGGCCAUGCUGGCUAGUAAAGGUAUCCUCUGUUUCUUGCCGCAAUAUCUUAGCGAUUAUCUGACAGCAAGACAACCGCUCAAUCCACGAGAAUGCGUUCUUCCAGAAUUCAAGAAGUACCUAACACUACUGCCCAAGUAAACAAGGAUUAUGACUGACUAGAAAUAUUUGAAAUAUAAUGAUGUACAUAGUAAAUAUGAAGUUUUUGCACCGUAGAGGUGAAACAUUUUUUUAAUUUAACUGAAAUUUACUGAUUUUUGUUCAUUAUCACAUGUAUUUACCUGUACAUUUAAUAUAUAAUUUUACAUCUCAGUAUUGUUAAAUAAUGUUAAUGUAUCAUUAAAUUAAGUUAAUAG